AUGAAGAAGUUUAUUAACAGUCAAUCUAGUGACACAGAUUCCGGUAGAUUUUCUGGUGGAGCUACUUCUUCCGACUCUUCAUUUCGUGUGCAGGAUAUUAACAGCAACAUUUUAAUCAAGAUUUCCAUCACUCCACUCUCUAAACAAGUCUAUGCAUCGAUUUCUCCAAAAGCUCUGGUUAAUCAUGUAAAACAAAAGCUUAUUGAUGAUUUUGGUUCCCAAAUUAAUGAUUCUAUCAAUUGUGGACUUUUUGUGCCUCCUGCUAAUGGAAGAAAUGGAAAGUUUCUUGAAGAAGAUCGUCCAAUUUCCGCUUAUAUCACAGAUGAUUCCAGUUCUAAUCUUGAAUUCACACAUAAAAAACGGCUAUGUCUUUACCCUCCAUUAAAUUUGCCCUGUGGAGAAAAAUCUAAAAAUCUUUUCCAGUCCUUUCUUCGGGCUGUUGCUCGAGGCGAUAUAAAGAAAGUUGAAAAAUACCUUUCAAAGGACUUUGACCCUAACUUUAUUUGUCCCAAAACCGAGGAAUCCCCAUUAUCCGUUGCUGUUGGUCGACCGCGCCCAAUGGAGAUGAUAAAGGUUCUCAUUGCAGGUGGAGCACAUAAAGAUUAUCGUACGAGGAAUGGUGUAACUCCGCUCCACAAAGCCGCGGCAAUUGGCAAUUUUGAAGCUGUGAAAGCCCUCUUGGAUUUCGGGCAAUCCCCAAAUACUCUUGACUCUAAUGGGUUAACUCCCCUUUAUUACAAUAUUCUUGGGGACGUUGAUACACGAAUUUGUCAUCGAUUGUUGUAUGAACAUGCACAGAUCGAAAUUUACGACACUGAUGGCAAACAGGAAAUUCAUCAGGCUGCAUUACUCGGUCGAACUGAUCAGAUAAAUCUACUAAUAAUGUAUGGGGCAGAUGUGAACGCUAGAUCCCUCCCACGUCCACAACUAGACCCUCCGGGUCUUCCAGCCCUUCCAACACGUUCAACCAACAAGGCGAACAACCAAUGGUGUCAGAAUAAUGGAGUUCAGACCCAAUUGCAUCGUAUUAUUGGCUGUGGUCGAGAAACUCCCUUACACUUCACUGCUAUCACUGGUCAAUGCGCUACUGCUAGACGUCUUCUCUAUUGGGGAGCCGACAGAACUUUGACAAAUGACGAGGGUCGCACGCCUUUGGAGGAGGCACUAAAACGUGGAAACACUGAGGUGGCCGAAAUUAUCCGCAAUUUUCGUGGGGACGCUGGAGGCAGUGCGAGGGAAAUCGGUGGUUCAGAAAACAGCAUCUGUGGACCAUUUUUGCCAGCACCAACUUACAAUCAGAAACGCAAGCCCAUGUCGGCUCCGCUACAAGUCUUCCCAUUAGAUAAUUAUGUCACUUUGACGGACUUGGGUGUCGAACGUAGGGGUCCGUCACGUAGCGUUACCAUGCCUUUCCCUGCAAGUCCGUCUCGACAACCGAAUGGAAUAGCUUCACCAAGUACGAAGCGACAGCUUUCGCCCUCUCCUUCCACUUCACCGCUUCCUCUUGGGCGUCUACGCAGUCGUGCCUGUUCAGAAGGAGAUUUGAUGCGCUCUCUUGGGGAGGAAGAUAGGGAUUCCACUGAUAAACGGGAUUCAGAUGCCCUUGGACAUAAACGUAUUGUCCAGUCUUCCAGGGAUAACCGAAAUCCUCGUCGUGUUCGAAGGCAAAAACUAUCUCGGGGAUUUACUGAAAUUCUAAACUCAACUGAUUGUUCAAGUAGUUCAACCCAUACUCGUCGGCGUCUACGAAGUUGGAAGUCAUCAAAUACCCUCAACGAGGAGUCAAAUCUAUAUGAUGACGAGGGUAAAAUGACAGACUUGGUGCCGGCUAUGGCUACUCGACGUCCAGUCUGUCAAAUUACGAAUUCCACUCCUGGGGAUUCCUCUGCUAUGCCUCUGAGUCGAUUUCUAACCGCUCCAGCAGCGACUCGUUCGCCAGAAAGACCGUGGUCAUCUCAGCAUACCUCGUCGACGGCCCCACACCUUGCAAGAGGAGAUUUUUUCGUUGAAAUUAAUCUAUAUUUGUCUUCUAGUGUGUCCGCAACCAGUGGUCGAGACGGUGCCCCCAUCCCCACGAACCCCUUCGCCAUUUCGAACAACAUCACCACAGCUGCCAAUACUGCAUCCUCUCGACCCGUCUCACCGAAUCAUCGCGAAACACACUACUUUCCAAGGUCACCUGUCAUGUCACCUGAUCGAUCGGGAGCCUGCUCACCCAACCGCAGAACAAUUUGUGACAAUUCAGAGGGCGGGCUAACCUGGACUGUUGUCCUACAUAAAGCUUAUUUGCCCGAGGGUCCGCGUGUACCAACUCUAGGAUUAUCACUUCGAACUGUACAGAACGUAUCAGCCGUUCAACGCUUCAUACCAACCCCAGCCAAACCGAGUCUUCAACUCAUUAAAAGCGUGAAACCUGGAAGUCCUGCAUUCCAUGCUGGUCUACAAGAAGGUGACUAUGUUAUCAAGGCGACGUAUCAUGAAUUGGUCAAAGGCACCAUGCUGAUGAAACGCGUUUUUCAGCAUAAGAUCGAUAGAUUCUUUUCCAUAUUCAGUCCCAUCAACCAUGUAGACGUUACGAGGGCUUGUCACGCAGAAGUGGUACAACUCCUCGACACUCUGAAAUCCAACUCUGUGGUACUUCAAAUGACUCGACCCUCCGGCGCUGUACCAGAUCCCGGACGCAAGUCUCAUUACACAGUGUCGAGGAAUGCGACAAUCGGGGUUGGAGAUGGACCAGCAAAGCCCACUGUUCAGAGGAGUGUCAGUAUGGCUGGACGAAUGAGUCGUCACAAUAAUGGGCCGGCACCCUACUCCCCGAUGCUUCCAAUGUAUGCUCCCCCGCGUAGCAGAUGUGUUUCUCCAGGUGAUAGCAGUGUCUCAAGUACAGAUGAGCCGUUCAGUAGUCAAUCAGGGGGUCACGGCAGUCCUCGAAUGGCUUCGCCUCGUUCGGGUAACAGUCGAGAGCCAAUUCCACGAAUCCACACAGCAGCAGAUUACAGAAUUCGCAACAAAUUCCCCAAUUCCAGGUAUACAGAGACUACUCGGGGCGGCGGCGGCGACGGCGGCGACGGCAGGGGAAUCUUCCGGCAAAUUCCGAAAUCGCACACAGUCAACUCGUUCACAGAGGACAUUGGCGUAGAUACCUCCAGCCUAAAUACAUAUGUUGGGGGCACCAGUAUAAUGGGAUCAUCUGCACGUCAAGGAUCUCAAUCCUGCUACUCAAGUUCAACCAUGUCCGGUCGUCCGAUUCAUUCAGUACCUCAACCACCUCUUCGAUUUCUACCCCACUAUUCCUCACCCAAACGCCGUGGCCCUGAAUCCUCAUCUGCACAUCGCAGACGAAAUCGAAGCUGUCGAACCUGCACAAAUAAUUCCCGCCCACUAUCCAUGAAUGGUGGUCCACGAGAAGACGACUUUAGAACUGUCAAAAGGGCUCCCCAUCUAGAAGAUCGGAGUCCUAGUGGCUAUCCACGAUCCUUCUCCGCAAUGUCCGCCGAUACGCCUCCUACAACAUCUCAAGGCGCCGGAAGUAGUAGCUUUGACCCUAACGAUCUUAUUCUCCCUCCCCCAAAAGAGUUUUGCUGCUAA